AUAAAGAAAUUUGUAAUAGUGCUAAUAGUAAAGUAGCUUGUAAUAGUACUAAUGGUAAUAUAGCUUGUAAUGAUGCUAAAAGCAAAGAUAUUUGUAAUAGUGCUGAAGAUAAAAUAACAUAUAAUAAUGCUAAUGGUAAAGAUACUUGUAAUGUUGAAGAUGAAAAAUCUUGUAAUAAUGAUAAUAGUAAAGAUUCUUGUAAUAAUUCUGAAAGUAGUGCUGAAAGUAGUGUUAAAGAUAGUAUUAAAAGUUAUCUUUUUUUGACUGAUAUUUAUAUGCAAAUAUUGAAUGCAUAG